AUGCAGCGGCUUUUCAAGACCAACAAGUCGCAGGCCUCCAUAGAAGACCCUCAGACACACCCUGAUCCACAUCUGCAUCAGCAGCAACCGCAACAGCCCCAACCUCAGCACCAAGGACGUCAACAACCUUACUUCGACCCUCAGCAACAGCAUCAGCAGCACCAACUCUAUCCUCAACAGUCUUCGCAACCACAUCAAGUGAACGAUCUCCAUUAUCAGGGGCAAGCCUCGGAAUCCCUGUCCCAACCUCAACCUCAAGCUGCCCCUCCCCACCCGGGACGCACCCAAAGUGCUCGCAGUUCGUCCAUCCCGGACGUGUAUGGAAGCCAAAGGCCGCAAGUAAACAUUGUGCCUCCGCUGUCCCAGCAGCAAGCCUUCAUUCCCGAAGGCCCAGCCCCAAUACCGGGGCAGACGACGUUUGGCCAAUCGAGGCAGGUUCGAACACUAGAGGACAAGGAGCACAAACGAUCUAAGCGCAGUUUCAUCACGAGCUUGAUCAAGGACAAGAGCAAGGACGAAGACAAGCAGAGGGAAAAGGAAAAAGAAAACGGUCCGCCUGAGCGCAAACCUCUUGGACGAUCAAGUUCGGUACAUCUUUUGAGGAAGUCGCAUCCUCCUGAACUCAUAACCCGCGACCAAUAUUCGACUCAGACCUCGCCGCAAUCUCAGCACCCUGCCAGACAUUCGACAUAUUACCCUGCCCCACCAUCGACAGAAGCCUCAGCCGCACCUAUAGACCAGACCCCGGAUCAAGCCCAAUACGAGCAAUACCAGAGACCUCAGGCCCAAUUUGACUCUCCACAAAGCCAGCUAACGCAUCAGUCCGUUGACUACGCUGAAGACGCUCCGCACUUCAGCCCUCAACACGAGCAGUACCAGGCAUAUCACCAUAACGAGUCUGCCAGCACUUCGGAACACUACCUGCCAUACCAACCCCAGCAGUCUCGAUCCAACAACGCAGAGUCGGACCCGUAUCACCACCUUCGACCACCCUCACAGGCAUCUCUGGGCCCUCCUUCUCCUAUCAAUACUCCGGCUCAUCCUCAAAUUAUCCAAGACUCUCGCCCUUCUACGGCCGCAACCAAUCGUUUUUCCUCGCAGUCAGCCACUCAAGGCCAACAGCCACUCCAGACCACCAUGGCAAGAGGCGACCCGCCCAAUGGGGGCAUUCGCCAGCAGUUAUCUCAGAGAGAGCCCCGGUCUGACGACCAGAAUCAGUAUCAAAGCCAAAGCCAAGCGGACCCAAGGGUGAGGAUGUCUCAGCAAGCUGCUUCUGAGCAAGGUCGAAGCACACCUCCCCCCAGAAGCCGGGAAGAUAUCAGCCAAUUAGACUAUAACCAGCUACUACAACGUCACGAGGAGUUACAGGCGAAAUAUUCCAAGGUCAAGCGCUAUUACUUUGAACAGCAGGCUCAAGUCACGCAGCUUCAAAAUACUGUAGCAACCCAGCGGCUUUCCAUGUCCAAAACGUCCCUUGACGAUGCCCAAUAUACAGCGAGAUUUGAACGUCUUAGUCAAGCGAUCAACAACCUUUCCUUCAAUAUCCGGAAGAAUUGGCGGGCAAUCCCACCAUGGCUGCGACAUGUGUGCAACCAGGAUGCUCACACUAUUGGCACGAAAGAAAUGACUGCGAUAGGACGAGCUUGUAUUACUCGGUGGCUUUACGAGAGCAUCUUCCAGCACACGUUUCAUCCUGGCAUUGAGCCGUCCUUGUCCGCGCAGUUGAAGCACAUCGAACAUAACUUGCGUCGUGGGGGGCACGCUGGUUCUCUCUUGACAGACGAGCAGCGGGACGAUCUGACAACCAAAAUCACAACCUGGCGACUCACGACCAUUGAAGGGUUGCAGGAUGUGCUCAAUUCGUCGCAAGUGGAACAUUACACGGAAACUAUGAACAAGCACUAUACCCAUCAGCUCACCGAAUCACUGAAAGCAAAUUUGACGGAUCCCCCACCCCCCGGGCUUGUCGAGGGGGUUGGCAUGAUUGUCGGACAAGCCAUUGGCAUUGCGUCCAAUAUCCCGCUGGAGUCGCGAGAGAUUUGUAUCGAAUAUUUCAUGCCUGGGACUCCUGUGAAUGAGACUUAUAUGAAAAUCGAGCCACAAAUCGUCGCCUUGACCAACCCUGGUCCAGAUGAACGAGUGCUCCAACAACAAGCAGCUCAAGCCAAGGCCCAAGAGCAGGCGCGAGCACAGGAAGAAGGUGAUCAGAUGAGCACGGCCAGCACAGACGAUGGACCACGAGACCGGGAUGUAGAGGCUGAGAUUCGUGAAGCCGCUGGCAAAGCUGCGUCGCAAGCCGCCCAGCCCGCAGGGGCGGGAGGCCAACAGGGACGAAACGAAAGCGGGACGGGCACCGGCAGCCAAACGACCGUCAAGGGUGUAAGCGAGAAACACUCGAAAAAGUCAAGUUUCCUAGGCGGCUUCGUCAACAAGAAGCCCUCGAUUUCGGCGCGUGGUGAGGGCCGUUCUGAAGGUAAUCCUUCUUCUGGAAACGACGGCGACGAUCAACGUGGGCAUGUCAGAAACAGCAUGGCAGUCGACCCGGCACAACUGGCACCUCCACCUGGCGCAAACGAGGGCCGGAUCAGAUUUGCGGCUUUCGUGGCGGUCGAGGUCAGAGGGAAGGGACCGACAUCUGGUACAUCCGGAGGUGGAGGGAACAAUGGAAAAGAGCCUGGAUCCGCUGGUGCAGCAGGAUCGACCCCACAAUCUGCAGUGAAUGUUCUGUUCAAGGCACCAGUCUACGAGUUCUAA